GGUGGGACUCCAGGGCCUUUCCCCAUUGGCUGAAGCACAUCCACACCCCUCCUUGCCAGCUUGGCUGGGUUGAGAGACUGGAACCGGCAGGACCUGUCCCUGUGGCUUCUCCCCCGGGGAGGCUGAGGUCUGAUGAGAAUGUGGGGCCAAGUUCUGUGCCCCCCAGCCCUAAUGACCUCUCUUUGGCUCUGCAGCAUCUAAAAAUCUCAAAGACAGAACAUGGUUCAAUCAGAUAAGAAGAGGCGGUCCACCCGCAGCUCCAAGAUGGUCUCAUCGCCCGUAGUCAUAACAAGGAUGCAAGCAAUCAUGCAGAAGGAGAUGGUGCGAGAGUUCCUGGCCGAGUUCAUGAGCACGUACGUCAUGAUGGUGUUUGGCCUCGGCUCCGUGGCCCAUAUGGUUCUAGGAGGUAAAUUUGGGAGCUUCCUCGGUGUCAACUUGGGUUUUGGCUUCGGAGUCACCAUGGGAGUGCACAUGGCUGGGAACAUCUCUGGGGCCCACAUGAAUGCAGCCUUGACCUUCACCAACUGUGCACUAGGCCGCAUGUCCUGGAAGAAGUUUCCCGUGUACAUCCUGGGUCAGUUUCUGGGUUCCUUCCUGGCUGCUGCCACCGUCUACUGCCUCUUCUAUUCAGCCAUUAUCGAAUUUUCGGGCGGACAUCUGACAGUGACUGGUCCCGUAGCCACCGCUAGCAUUUUUGCCACCUACCUUCCUGACCACUCAACGUUGUGGAGGGGCUUCCUGGAUGAGGUGCUAGUGACAGGGAUGCUCCAGCUAUGUCUCUUCGCCAUCACGGACAAGGAGAACAACCCAGCACUGCAAGGGACACAGGCCCUGGUGAUUGGCAUCCUCGUUGUUGUCAUUGGAGUGUCCCUGGGCAUGAACACAGGAUAUGCCAUGAACCCAUCCCGGGACCUGCCUCCCCGUUUCUUCACUUACAUUGCUGGCUGGGGUAUACAGGUCUUCAGGGCCCGGGACUGGUGGUGGGUGCCAGUGGUGGCACCGCUCCUAGGUGCCUAUUUAGGUGGCAUCAUCUACUUGGUCUUCAUUGGCUCCACCAUCGCACGGAGGCCCCAGAUACUGGAGGACUCCAUGGUGUAUGAAGACCGCAGAAUACCCGUGUUGCCCAAGACCAUGCCAACCCCACCCAUGACCUCUCCUCUCACCCCUGUCUCUGUGUCUCCCAUCAACAGACCUUCAGUCCGAACUGUCCCACCCUUAAGUGACCCCAUCCACCUAGAGCACUUCUAAGAAAGAUUAUUUGUGACCCUAUCCCCCCACUCUAAUAAAGAAAGCCUUGUCCAACACAGCGGCACCCCCACUUCCUGGGUGCCUCCUGUGGUUGGCUUCCCUACUGGAUUCUUCCAGGAACUCCAGGGUUAUGCAGUAGCCCAAGGCUGGAGCACAGAGCUAAGAGGUCUCUAACUCUUUCCAGCCUUGGGAACUGGGGUGCCCCCGGGGAGAAUGGGGGAAGAGCCGAUCUACGGCCUCAGUAGGAACAGGAAAUUAAAGGAUGCCAGACACAGAAUAGUGGACUUUCAAGCAUAGGGUAGGGAAGGGAUGGUUUUGGGGAAAGGACAACAGCUAGCUGGGGGUAAGCUCUGGGGAUACGUUGAGCUGCCCUGGGAUGAGACUCUAGACUCUCCCUUAGUUCUGGCUAGUCCUUGGACCAGACAAAGCAAGGCCCAAGCAUGUAGAUCUGAGUUUCUCAAACUUUUUUUUCAUUAUUGCUUCCCUCAGAAGCCUUUUAGACAUUUUCUUUCUUAAUCACAUGGUAUUUUAAUACCACAGAUGUACUAUAUAUCUGUUUCAGUAUUGUGUAUAUAGAUUUGUGCCUUAUACAAAAUAGAGUAAGAUUUUUUCAUC